GUUUCCGGAAGACGUGGCGGCUCUCCGGGGCUGCUCCCCGGCUUCUUUUCUCCCUACUCAGCUUUCCACCCUGGGCAUUCUGAAGUGCUGCCUCCGCUGCCCUCACCACUGCAACCAUGAUCUCCUUAACGGACACCCAGAAAAUUGGAAUGGGAUUAACAGGAUUUGGAGUGUUUUUCCUGUUCUUUGGAAUGAUUCUCUUUUUUGACAAAGCACUACUGGCUAUUGGAAAUGUUUUAUUUGUGGCUGGCUUGGCUUUUGUAAUUGGUUUAGAAAGAACAUUCAGAUUCUUCUUCCAAAAACAUAAAAUGAAAGCUACAGGAUUUUUCCUAGGUGGUGUAUUUGUAGUCCUUAUUGGUUGGCCUUUGAUAGGCAUGAUCUUCGAAAUUUAUGGAUUCUUUCUCUUGUUCAGGGGCUUCUUUCCUGUGGUUGUUGGCUUUAUUAGAAGAGUGCCAGUGCUUGGAUCCCUCUUAAAUUUACCUGGAAUUAGAUCAUUUGUAGRUAAAGUUGGAGAAAGCAACAAUAUGGUAUAACAACAAGAGAAUUUGAAGACUCAUUUACAAUAUUGUAUUAUUUAUAAAAUUCUUUGAAGAAUAUUCAGCACAAAAUUAAAUUACAUGAAAUAGCUUGUGAUGUUCUUUACAGAAGUUUAAAAGGUGUA